AACAGCGAUUGAUUCGCAGUUCCUUGCCUCUGCGCUGUGGGGAGAGAGUGAGAGAGAGCGAGAGCGAGAGAGAGAGAGAUACGCAAGCAGAGCCCACGACCAAACCAGAGGAGAGGAGCGACUCGGAGCAAGAGGCCGGGAGAGGCAACACUCCCUGUGUCCCUGGAGUGAGGCCGGGGAGUCCAGCAUGGUCAAGGCUCGCCGGACGAGUGCCAAGGGGUAGACAGACAGACAGAGAGAGACCAGAGGCGAGACGAGGAUAAAUCUGCAGGGUUAAAGGAGGCUGCGCCCAUUCCCAAAUGUGUUCAAUCAAUUCUUGCAAAACUUCAUCGCAUGGGCACGUCGGCGAGGAGAGAGACGGGGGCCCUUUGUGAAGACCCCUGAAGGGAGGGGAGGAGGAGGUAGUGUAUUUUUUUGUCCCGGGAAGGGAGGGGAGGGGGUAAAGAUUUGGUGGGACUAUGCCAGUCUGAAGAAGGGUCUCUCUGACCCGUUCCUUCUCUCCAGAGAUGCUGCUGCCUGUCCCACUGUGUUAGCCAGUCGCCCGUUCCUUCUCUCCAGAGAUGCUGCUGCCUGUGCCACUGAGCUAACAACUCCAGCUCGGUGCGUGUGCCUGGCGUCUGCAGUUCGGUUCUCUCUCCCCCAUCUACACUCCACACACACACACACACAUGGACAACUACGCCAAGGUCCGCGGGAGUGAGGAGGAGAGCCAGCUGCCCUUCCACGACCUGCCCCUCAACGUGGUGGAGAUGAGGGUGAAGGAAGGCAGCAAGAUCAGGAACCUGAUGGGCUUCGCCAUCGGCAGGAUGGAGCUGCUCGCCACCCGCCAGAUAGUCUUCACCGGCUCGGGCCGAGCGGUCACCAAGACUAUCACCUGCGUGGAGAUCAUGAAACGGCGGAUCGCUGGGCUUCACCAGAUCACCAGACUGCGCUACAAGAGCCUGCGGGAGACGUGGAGGCGGCAGCACUUACAAGAUGCUCAAGAUGCUGAUGCUGCUGCCCACAACUUCACUCUGCUGAAAAACGUCCCCUCCAUCUGUAUCCUCUUGUCCAAGGAGCCCCUGGACCCGAGUGACAGCGGCUACCAGGCCCCCGACUCCGGCCACGGCCUCUGGCCCGGACACCCAGAUGGACAGGGGGGCGAGGAGGGGUCCACCUCGGCUGCUAGAGGCACCAAGCGCCCACUCUGCUGCGGGCAGGCGCACGGAAUGGUGGCGAAAGUCACCAGGGAAGAACAUCCGAUGGACCCAGCUUGUAACUACACUGACCCACGGAACUGCCAGCAGUAACUCGCUGUAAGCAUCACAUCACUGUGUCAAAUAAUAGAACUUUAUACAAGUCUGUGAACAUUAAACACACAAAUAUGCAAUA